CGCACGGCAGUCUCGCGGUCCGUGUUGGCGGGCUUAGUCGCCCCAAACGAAAAAAACGCGGGAAACAGUUGAGUGUUUAAUUCCUUAUUUUAAAUACGAGUUCACGGAAAAACAAUAAAAAUGUCACCAAAAAGUAAGGCUUCGGAAGAGGACUGUGACACGGAGGCUCUUAAAUCAGACCCAGAACAGUCUGACAAUGGUAAAGAGGGGGGCGCACUGGAAGCUAAAAUGUCACUCCUUAAUGGCAUCACAGUUAUCGUUGGUUCGAUAAUAGGCAGUGGAAUUUUCGUAUCACCGACCGGAGUUCUGAAAUAUACAGGAUCAGUGAAUGCCAGUCUAAUUGUGUGGGUGGCAUCGGGCGUAUUCAGUAUGGUAGGCGCUUACUGCUACGCUGAAUUGGGUACAAUGAUUCGUCUCAGUGGCGCUGACUACGCUUACAUCAUGCAGACAUUCGGCCCGUUCGCUGCUUUCAUCCGUUUGUGGAUAGAAUGCAUGAUCGUCCGACCUUGUUCUCAGGCUAUCGUUGCGUUGACGUUCAGUGUGUACGUGCUGAAGCCGAUAUUCCCCGAGUGUGAUCCUCCGGAAGAUGCCACCCGAUUAUUGGCUGCUUGUUGCAUUCUUCUGCUAACAUUUGUGAACUGCUGGUCGGUGAAGGCAGCUACCCGGGUGCAGGAUUGGUUUACAUAUGCCAAGCUACUGGCUUUGUUCAUCAUCAUCGCCGCUGGUAUCUACCAACUUUGCAGAGGAAAAGUGGAACAUUUUACGUUUGAAGGUACAACGAGCGACGUAACAUCAAUAGCGUUGUCUUUUUACUCCGGCCUCUUCGCAUACAACGGAUGGAACUACUUGAACUUUAUUAUUGAAGAGUUGAAGGAUCCAGUUCGCAACCUGCCUCGUGCUAUUGCUAUCUCUUGCACGCUUGUCACCGUUGUCUACACAUUCACCAACGUCGCUUUCUACACCACUCUCUCUCCCACUGAGGUGUUAGGUUCAGCUGCUGUGGCCGUGACAUUCGCGGAACGUCUCUUCGGUUGGUUUGCUCUCUCCAUACCGCUCUUCGUAGCAGCUUCUACUUUCGGUGCUGUCAACGGCGUAUUACUCACAUCAUCAAGGCUGUUCUACGCGGGCGCGGCGCAGGGGCAGCUGCCGGGCGCGCUCACCAUGGUGACGCCGCGCGCCACGCCCGCGCCCGCCGUGCUCGCCGUGGCGCUGCUGUCGCUGCUCUACCUCACCGUCUCCGACAUCUACGCGCUCAUCAACUACGUGGGCUUCGCCACCUGGCUAAGCAUAGGAGCCGCCGUACUUUGCCUGCCAGUUCUCAGAUACACUCAGCCGAAUCUUGAGAGACCCAUUAGAGUCAACUUAUUCUUCCCAGUGAUCUACAUAAUCUGCACGAUCUUGGUGAUCGCUUUCCCUGCUGUAGCGUCUCCAGCUGAAACAGGCGUUGGCUGUCUCAUGAUCUUGACAGCUGUGCCGGUGUAUCUGUUGCUGCUGGAACCCAGGACGAGGCUGAAAGGACUGGGCCCCGUUACUGAUGCUGCGACACGCUUGAUACAAAAACUAACUUUGUCCGUUCGACCAAAAACUAAGUGAACAAAACGCAGAGGACCAACGGAUUAUGCCCAGACAUAUCCGAAACGAAAAUUCAUGCAGUAUUUAGUUUAGAUGUUAUUUCAUGUUAGAUACUUUUUGUAUAUCUAAUACUCGGUUUCAAAGAUGUUGUAUACAUACAUAUUGUGUAUUGUGUGUUAAGAGCAUUUAGGCAUGCUUUUAUUAGAGUUUAACUCGACAGUAGACAUGGAUAUUUCUUUUUAAUUUGACACAUAAAUCUAAUGCUUCCGCAAUUCAGCUGUAAAAGUUAAAUAAAUUUUAUUGAAUAAACAAAUAGGCAAAUUGUUAUAAUAUAAAACCUAUAAUUAUUGAACAAAUAUAAACGCAAAGACAACCUUUUUAGAUUAUACUUUUUUUUUAAUUUAAUAAAUGUGUCUACUGCUAUAUGACUUGUCUUGUAAAGUGUUCCAAAAACUAUAUCUUAUAACAAAUAUCAUAAGUAAUAGACACUCUCUCUAUGACGAGAAGUUAAAAUAAGACAAAAAUAAAAAGAAUUUAUACAACUGUAAUCUAAUAUUAUCUGUAAUCAUAAAACUGUUGUAAACUUUUUUUUAAAUCAUUUUAUAUAAAAAAAGCUUUUUCUAAUGAGUUUUCUACUUAGGUAUUAUGAAAAAGUAAAGCUAAUAUUUUUUUAAAUCAUUCUUUCUUUGUAUUCAAAUCCUAUCAAAGACAAUAUUUCUUAAAAUCUAAGGCAAGUAGCUUUUUUAUGUAGUUAGAUUAUAUACGUUGUUUACAUGCGUAUAGGUGUUAAAACUUUGAGCAAAAAAAUUAUUUAAAAAAAAACGAUAUGCACAAAUCGUGUUAUAAUUUUUUUUUGACAAAUAGGCUGUGUUUUUUGUAGUCAUUUCCAAAGAAAUUCGAUUAUCGUGUAUCAACAUAUUUUGUUAUUUAUUUCUUAAGUAGCUACAUUUUUGUGUAAUUUUCUUUGUGUUCGCUUUUUUGUAUAUAAAAAUUCAUACUCGAACAUUCCAAUUUUAACUGCCAAUAUUCGAAUUAUAAAAUGUACUUUUUUUAGUUUUUAUGGCUUUAAAAUACAUAACGUGCUAAAGCUGUAAAUAGUUGUAAUUAGAUUUUUUUUUGUAAUAAUAAUUUCCACAUAACGAAUGUAGUCGUGUAUUGCAUUUAUUUGCUCAUUUUAAAAUAAUGAAUUUGUUAAACGUCAUUAAUAUAUAAAAUAAUUAUUUUGUUAAUACAAUAUAAUGUGACAACAAAUAAAUUAUUAUAGGAAUGUCUAAAGAAACCGUUGUGUGUCGUUGUUUCUGUUACGCGCUCUGCGUUAUAUUACAGACGCAAUAUGACAAUAAUAAAUUAUUCA